AUGGCUACACAAUCCACCACGCUCUCUUUGAACCAGAUAGUCUGGGCACUUUUUAAACAAGAUAUUUCACGAGAUAAAAGUAUGAGAGAAUUCUACCUGGAAAAAGCAAAGAUCAAGAUUGAGAAUGAAAAGAAACUAAUGAAGUUCUACGCAGAAUUUCUUGAAAGCGAAGAGAAAAGAGUUAAAACUAAAGUUCGUACCAAGUUUUCUGAGAAUUGGCUUAAUCAUCUUCUUGUAUCGCGAGAAAAGUCCGAAUAUAAUAUCAUUCAGGCGGAAAAUAUUCGGGAUACUGAAAUUUUAAAUGCUAUUGAUCGGCUUGAUCAAAUCAAUGUGGUACAGAGAAGUUUUUAUGCUGAAGAAAUGGAUAGAAUUGAUUGUGGCUUUAAGAAUCCGUUAAAAAAUUUAAGAGAAAAACUGAAAGAAUAUGAUAGGCUAGCAAAAGAAUAUCAGAAAGAUUUAAGCGAAUUCGAGCAACAUGCAGAAAUAGGAUAUUCCAAGGAAAAAAAAUAUAAUGCAAGAGUUGAAAAGCAUCAAAAGAUAUUUCUACGUUAUGCAUUGAUUUAUAAUGAGUGCUACGUAGAAUAUCAAAAGGUUAAAUUCCACUGUCAAUCUUAUUUAGAGGAUGUUAUUCCAAGUUUAUUAAAAGAAUUGGAAGAUGAUUUAGAGCGAAUUUUACAUCGUAGAAAGGAAUUAUUCCGCCAAUUGAUGGUCCACAUUUACGCUAGUGAUUCUAUUCUUAGCAUGGAGCACAACAAAGGUUAUAUGGAAAGUCUUGAAAAGGCUAGUAGCUUGGUUCAAGAUGAAUAUAAAGCAUUUACUGAUCAAUUUACAUCUGUCAGUAACAGCUUAAAAAAAGAAUGGAAGACUUCGAUGGAUGCGAUAUUGGUCGAACAUCCCCAUUUGAAUAACGUAGUGCUUAGAGAUAUUAAUUUCCAGGUCGUUCAUGGGUGGCAACAACAAUACGAAGAAAGAUAUAACAAGUGCGAUAUAGAUUAUGUGGAAAUGGAAGCAAAAUUGAAAGAAUAUAAGGAGCAGAAUUAUUUACCUUAUGAAGUUAAGACUGCUGAUGGAAAGGAAGAAUUUCUGUUAUUAGAUAAACUAAAUGAAGUGCGCUCGAAAUUUUUUCCGCUGAUGGCCAAGCGAUUUCAAAUUCGAACAGUUCGAAAUCAGCUUCGUAAAGUUUGUGAUCCUCUAUCUACAGUAACGGUCUUUCACAAAGUUAUUCCACAAUUUAAAUGCAAGCAAAAGACAUUAAUGGAGGUUUAA